AUGGGAUAUGGCUAUGUCCAGCACCAGUCCGUCCUUAAUGGCUGCUUCACUUUUCUCCUUUGGUCUUUCUACAAAUCUACAAACAUUCCGCCCAAAAGAAAAAAGCGUUCUGUCCCCUCUUGUGGGCUUACUGCCGAUGUGUACAACAACUAUCCAGAGGACCUAGGGGCAGCUCUUUCCAGAAAACCACUUGACUUCAACGCCGAGCCUCCUUGGGAUCCUAGCUGA